AUGAACGAAAGACAAGGAUCUUUUGAACUUUAAUUUGGGUAAAUCGAAUGCGAAUAUAAUAAUAAUAGACCUUUUGAUAAAACUCCUUCUUGUUCACCUUUACCUUAAAAUGAGGCAGAAUAAUUUGAUGAUUUAAACUUUUCAAUCAACUCAAAUACAAAUUUUCAAGCUAAUGGGUUUUAAAGCAGAAAAAUUAAAGAGAAUAAUUAUCAGAUUAAAAACUAACCAAAUUUAUUUGAAGUUCUCAAAGUUGAUAAAUUAGUAGCACUCUUUAAAGAAAAAUUAAUGUUGAAAUCUCAUGUCUUAAGUCAAGCCAAGAGGGAAUUGAUAAGAAAAAUUGUUAAUGAAAAGUAUGUAUAAUAAAGGGAAUAAAUUUCUUAAUAAGAAUUUAAUACAUAUUGUUCAAAAUUAAGUCAUCAACUUUUUGAUUAAGGUAAUGUUUUCCUUUAAAUUUGGUCUUAUAUAAAGACUAUCAUUUUAUUAGUCUUGUUAUGGGUUUAUCCUUUUUUAUGGAGUUUUAGAAUUGAUAGUUAAUAUCAUUCACUAACUAUAGUAUUUAUUAUCUUAGAUAUAAUUUAAAAAUUAAAUACAUAGUUAAUAUUUUAAGGAAAUGUAAAGUAUUAAGUAAUUUAAUUAGGUCAUCAAUUAAAGAUCUGAAAUACUGUCAUUUUAUCUCAGAUCUUAACUACUAUUUGACACUCUCAUAAUUAUUUCAGUUAUUACUCUAAAUUACACAAUUAAAGGAAAUCAAAGAUUAUAAAUAGUAGAGAUUAUAUUCUUAUUGAUUUUUUCAAUUUUUAUCUAUAGAAAGUUUACUGAAGAAAUAGCUAAGAUUAAUUAAUCAACAUAAUUUAAUAAACUAUAUAGAGAAUAUUUUAAUUUAUUCUAAUUACUUAUAUUAAUAGUUUAUUUUAUUCAUAUAUUAGCAUGUAUUUGGAAUUAUGUAGGAUAAGAAUCAUCAUAAUAUUUUGAGAAUAGUUGGAUUAUUUAAGCAAAUAUUAUGAAUGAUAAAAUAGAGAUUCAAUAUUUAUAUUCAUAUUAUUGGGCAGCAACAACAACAAUAACUGUAGGUUAUGGAGAUAUAGUUCCUAAGAAUCCAAUCGAAAUAAUAGCUUGCAUAUUUUCAAUGUUAUUCUCAAGUUUUAUAUUUGCAUAUUCAAUCAAUUCAAUAGGAAAUAUAUUAUAUAAUAUAAAUGUUCAAUAAUCACAGUUUAUGUAAUUAAAUUAUUUGAAAUUUUAGUCAAAGUAUUCGUGCUAUUUCAGCAUAUAUGAAUUAAUAUCAUGUUCCAAAUUAAUUGUAGAAUAGAAUUAGAAGUUAUUUAUAAUAUUAAAAUUAAGAAUAAUCAGAUAUAGAUCAAGAAUAUACAUAUGUGAUUGAUAAUAAAUUAUCAUAAUAAUUAAAAGAAGAAUUGAAAUUUACAGUCUUCAAAUAUAUCCUUUAAAAGAGUAAAAUUUUACUUAAUAAUUUCUCUGAAGAAUCUUUAAAAUAAGCAUCAUAAAAAUUGAUUUCACGUCAAUAUUGUCCUGAUGAAUUUAUUUUUCAUUAAAACAUAUAAGAUGAUAAUUCCUUGUACAUGAUUGAUUAAGGCAAAGUAUAAUUGAUAGAUACAAAAUCUGAUACUGUGAUAUGUACCUUAACAAAAGGAUAAUUUUUUGGUGAAAAUUCUUUUUAUACUCUUAGUUCAAGAAAAUGUAGUGCAAAAAGUAUUGGAUUCACAAAAAUUUUCAGUAUCAAAAGAGAUGACUUUUUAUCUGUAUUAUCUUAAAUGGAUCUAGAAAAGUUUCAUAAUAUUAAAGAUAGAAUUCUAUAAAAUCUAUCAAUAGAUGGAAUGAAAUGUUUUCUCUGCAAUAAAGAUGAUCACAUAGUUUUUGAUUGUAAAUACCUUAAUUAUAAGCCUGACAUCUAAAAACUUAUUUACCUAUAUAAUAAAUCUAUGCAGCAGAGAAUGAUCAAUUUCAAAAGAAACCAUUUCAAAUUUAAAGCACUUAAAAUUAAAACAGUAUUAUAUUCUAAAUAUAGUAGAUUAUUUAAGAUUAACAAAAGGCAUUCCUUAAUGAUUAUUAAUAGGAAGAUUAAAUAUCCGAUUAAGAUGAAACUCUUAAAAACUCAAUAUCCUAAUAAUAACCAAGCCUUGAUACACCAUCUUAAGAAUUGACUAUCUAAUCACCUAUUAAUUAGGAAGGAUUCCAAACCAAAAAUUCCAUUUAUAAAAUUGUUCAUCCUAAAGGUAAUGAACCUAAAUCAGUUACUAUUCCUAAUAGUAAUAGUACAAUGAAUUUAGAACCUUCAAUAAAAGAAAUCUAACUUAAAUCAAAUCUAAAAAUUGAAAGGACUGAAAGAGAAAAAUCAUAGAGACUUACAAAAAGUUGGAAAUCUUAAUUCCUUACUUCAAUUAAUAAUAAGAAUUUUGAGGAUCUAAUUGAAUUCGAAAUACAUAAAGAAUUUCAGCAUUAUUUUCCUCAUAAUAAUAUCACAGAAAUUAUUAUUUAAUAUAAUAAAAUUGGAAAAUCAUUAAGAAGACUUUCUAGGAAAUCAUAACGAUCUGUUUAUAAGAAUCCUUUAAAAAAAAAAAGUCAAUGA